UUUGCUCGCUUUUUAUAAUGCUGAGUCAAUAGAAGGCAUCGAUACCCAACUUGAGAAGUUCAUCCAUCGAGCCUUGUCCCCAAAACCAAGCCCACAUCUAGCAAAAGUCUGCACAAAGUUCUGGGAUGUCUUCGGAAUAGGACCAGAGAUCUAGGUUCUGGGUCGACACUCUCAAGGACGACUCUGUUCGUAGCAGAAAUGCCUCAGAGCACACGCCUGUUCUGUCGCAUUUGACGCACUGCACGAGCUGUUGCAUCGUUUAAGCGCUUUUAGUGCGGCUAUCUGCGGAGGUUUGUCCUGCAGGCGAUUACCCAGGUUACCCAGCACCGAGAACCAGAGUUUGAGUUGACGAAAGAGGUGGUAGCUAUGGCGGAGAAAAAGGUUUUCACUUUGGAGGAGGUGUCGGGGCACAACCACGCCAGAGAUUGCUGGCUCGUCAUCGGCGGGAAGGUUUAUGAUGUUACCAAGUUCCUUGAAGACCACCCAGGAGGUGACGAAGUUCUCCUCUCAGCUACUGGGAAGGAUGCCACCGACGACUUUGAGGAUGUUGGUCACAGCACCAGUGCAAGAGUACUGAUGGAUGAAUACUACGUUGGGGAAAUCGACCCUUCCUCCUUUCCUGACAAGCCUACAUUCACGCCUGCCAAGCAAGCUACGUAUAACCACGACAAGAGCUUCGAAUUUCUUAUCAAGAUAUUGCAGUUCGUUGUACCUCUUGCCAUUUUUGCGCUGGCAAUUGCUGUGCGGUUUCUCACAAAGAACGAAGACGUCAAGAGCAUGUAAAAGGUAUUUGUCCCCAUUCUUAGUUUGUCAUCAUAGUAUUGCUUGCUGUGGAGAUAUCUAGUAUUAUGUGCGUUGGAGAUUUAACAAUACCAGAAGUCUCUUUGUAUAACAGCAGGGUGGAUAGAUAUAUACUGGAUAGAGAUAGAGUGCUUUACCACUAAUCAUGUAGGGUUGUAGCAAUCAAAACUUGCAUGGAGGGGCAUCGAUUUGACUCGCAAAUGAAGGACAUGUCUCUUCAUCUGCAUCACAAUAAUGUUUUUUCAAGGUUUUUGGUUGACUUGCUCUAGUACAUUCACGAACACUAUUUUCCAGAUAGAUGUGCCGAAGCAUGUGCUUUUCACUAUACUUAUUCUUUGCACUUUAACUUUCAA